AUGGCCUUAGCGUCUCUCAAGGAGAUCGCUACAGCACGGAGCAGCGUCAAGGGAGCUGGCAGUGGUUGGAGCGACUGCGAUGUGGAGGCAGAGCCAAUACUUGCUCAAGUCAGUCUUGACGCUGCGGACGACAGGAUUUGCUGGGGCGGCAUCACGCCGCCUGGCACAUCUCGGCGCGGCGCCGAGGCACAGAGCCGCUGCGAGGCAGCGGCGGCAAGGCACGGCGGCGAAAGCACCAUCGCCGGGCAGUCUCGGGGUGGCGUGGAGGGCCACUCGAGCUCUGCCGGCGGUGCGGCCGCCGCUCACGGACACGCGACGCGAGGAGGCAUCGCCGAGGGCGUCGACGAGGCGCUCGACGAGGCGCGGCCGCGGGACGGGUCUUCUCGGAGCCGCGAAGGCGCCGCUGCAGGCGGCGGCGGCGAGAGCGGUUCAGAGGACGAGGGUUCAGAGGACGAGGGUUCAGAGGACGAGGGUUCAGAGGACGAGGGUUCAGAUGAGUAA